UAGAUCACCAACCCUGUCUUCUCUUACCUUCAAAACCAUGCAGAUUAACCAGACUGAUAUCAAUAUUCCAAUUUGAUUCUAAUCUAGUCACCAACAAAUAUAUACUUCACCCUGACUUUUCCAAGAAUCAAAUGGGAUAUAUACUUUUCUUUAUGCUCAGCUCAUUCAACAACUCAUCCCAGAAGACACAUCAAUUGGGACCCAAAGGUACUAUGCAGAAUAGGGUCCCCUCUAGUUAGGACAAAAAUCUUGGCCCGGGAGGGAAGCACCUAACUCCAUUUCCAUCGUUCAGUUCAUGCCCUUCUGUCCAAACCAAUGAACUAAUCACAAGAUUCACAACCCAACAAAAAUUAGACAAAAAGGUCCCCUCCUCCGUUUUUCACCACUAAAACAUACCAAUCAGAUGAAGUUCAAACCAACUCAUACACCAAGAGCACUUGAUUUGAAUUGACAUUUGAUAUAUGAUGUGGUGCAUAUACAUAAAAGCUCCAACAAGAAAAUUGGAGCUGUAUUUCUCUUUGAAACUGAGGCAGGCUCAAGUAGCCCCCCAUCUUGGACCAUACUGCAGAUGCAUAUAUAUAUAUGACUAGAAGUAGUUCAAACUAAUGGUGAGUUCUACUCAUGGCAAUGACUCAUCCAUGCUUUUCUGCUUCCUCGUUUUACAUUUCUUGCUUCCCCAAAAAUGCAACUCUUUCUUGGCCUAUCCAAGUUUCUCAACAAAGGGUCUAUGAUUUUAAUAAAAUCCAAGCCUGUGCAAUCCCCAGGGAUAUCAUUGAACAUUCUGGUAAUGGGUUUGCUGGUUUUCCUCAAAAGGAUUACUCUCAUAAAGAAUCAGGUACUAGUACCAGUAAAACUAAAAGUCCACCUCCAAGGCCUCGGCGAAUAAUUCUGGUUCGGCAUGGGCAGAGUGAAGGAAAUGUGGAUGAGGGAGUUUACACAAGAGUUUCUGAUCCAAAGAUUGGAUUGACAGAGAAAGGUGUGGUAGAUGCUGAGAAAUGUGGGAGGAGGAUCAGGGAGAUGAUUGAGGAAGACCAAGUGCAUAAUUGGAAGGUCUAUUUUUAUGUUUCUCCUUAUAAAAGAGCAGUUGACACACUCAAGGGUUUAGGGAAAUCAUUUGAGCGCUCAAGAAUUGUUGGCAUGAGAGAAGAACCUCGCUUAAGAGAGCAAGAUUUUGGGAAUUUUCAGGAUAGGGAGAAGAUGAGAGUGGAGAAAGCUAUCCGCAUGCGUUAUGGUCGGUUCUUUUACCGGUUUCCUAAUGGGGAAUCUGCAGCUGAUGUUUAUGACAGAAUCACAGGAUUCAGAGAAACACUGAAAUCGGAUAUUGACGUGGGACGGUUUCAGCCACCAGGGCAGAGAAACCCAAACAUCAACUUGGUGAUAGUUUCACACGGCUUAACUCUGAGGGUGUUUCUGAUGAGAUGGUAUAAAUGGACAGUGGAGCAGUUUGAGAGACUGAACAACUUUAGUAAUGGAAGCAUGGUCGUUAUGGAACGAGGCUAUGGUGGAAGGUACAGUUUGUCAGUGCACCACGAAGAAGAAGAGCUAAGGGAGUUUGGAUUGUCAGAUGAAAUGCUAACUGAUCAGGAAUGGCAAAAAUAUGCAAAACCUGGGGAGCUGAACUAUGACUGCCCAACGCUAAAUUCCUUCUUCACCCACUUUGGUGAAGACGAUGAUGGUGCAGCUGAGGACGAGGAGUACUAGUUAAACAACAUAUAACCCUAGCAGUUAGUUCAUAUCAUUGAUUAUACAAGCAGAUUACCUAUAACGCUUCAUUCAAAUUAAUUCUUUGUAGUUCUGAAUGAACAUUCAAAAUUCUUUAACAAUUACAAUAGGGAUCCAAAUACCAGAAACCAUAUACGGUACAACAGGACAGUAAUUAAUAAAAAUAAAAAUAAUUAGAGAGUGGAGAUGCGGGGUAUCGAUCCCCGUACCUCUCGCAUGCUAAGCGAGCGCUCUACCAUCUGAGCUACAUCCCCAUGUUGUUUAAG